UAUCUUUGUGUCAGCAUGGAAUUUGUCUCUCUCACUUUCUAUGAUGAUUCCCUUUGUUGAAACUUUUAAAUUCCUAGAAAUGUUUAUGAUGAUUGCUUCAAUUCUGCUGUUUGUUUUUUCUGUAGUAUAUUUGUGCGAUGUCAACUAUGGAAAAUGACGGUGGUGAUGAUUCAACUCUAUGGGGUGCUACCAAUGAAAAGAUUUAUAUAGAUGUUAUGGUAGAUUUAAUAAACAAAGGUGGUAUGAAAGAUGGUCAGUUCAGUUCAAAGGAAUGGACUAAUAUGCUUGAAGCUCUGAAUAAUAAGUCUAAAAGAAACUACAACAUGAAGCAAAUUAAGCAGAAAUUCAAUAGGCUUCGAAGUAAGCAUCGUGAGUUUAGUGAGCUGUUGCAACAAACUGAAUUUGGUUGGGAUGCUGAAACUAAUACUGUGAAUGCUACAGAUGAAAUAUGGCAAAACUAUAUACGGGUGCAUCCUAAAGCAACUCAAUUUCGAAAGAAAGGAUGUGAGCAUUACAAGCUAUUAGGAAUUAUAUUUAACAAGUCAACUGCUACUGGAGUGUUUUGUCACGCAUCUACUAGUGAUCCACCCAAUACUGAUGAUGAGAUGGAAUUGGAGGCUGAGAGUGCACAUGUUAACAUUAGUCGUGAUGAUCCCUUUUCUACUCUCGAUAAAUUAACAAGCAAUUUGAGGAAACGCACUACAUCAUCUAGCUCAGAAUGUAGAAGUAAAAAGGAAACUAGGUCACAACAAAUGAGUGAUGCAAUCCAAACAUGGACUGAGACAGUAAAGGCAAAGACAGAAGUUGCUAAAGCUAAGGCAGAAAAAUAUAAAAGUUCCUAUAGUGUGGAUGAUAAUAGUAUUGGUAAUGCAAAAGAUUGUUCCAUUGCUACAUGUGUGAGCCUUCUUGAAGCAAUAGAUGGAGUUGACAAUGCUACUUAUCUUAAAGCAGUAGAAAAGUUGAGAGAGAUGAUAUGUUCAAAUGAAUGCUAUGUUUGCCUACACUUGGUUAAUGGUGUGCUUGAUUAUUGGAUGAAAUGUAUUGGUGCAAUUGAUGGCACACAUAUAAGCGCACAUGUUCCUGCUGAAAAGCAAGUUAGCUAUAGAGGGAGAAAAUCUAUAGUGACUCAAAAUGUUUUAUGUGCAUGCAAUUUCAACAUGAUGUUUACUUUCGUUUAUGCUGGUGAGUAUUAUGUUGUUGAUUCUGGAUUUUCAUGUACCAUGGGUUUUCUUCCUCCAUUUCGAGGUGAAAGAUAUCAUUUGCAAGAAUAUCAUGGUAGAGGUCGCCAACCAAGAGGACCAAAAGAAUUGUUUAAUUAUAGGCAUUCUUCACUUAGAAAUGUUAUUGAACGUUGCUUUGGUGUGUUGAAAGCGCGGUUUCGAAUUUUGAAAAUGAUGCCAUCUUACAAGCAAAGUAGACAACCUCUGAUAGUUAUAGCUUGUUGUACACUACAUAAUUUCAUUCGAAAGUGGGCACAAAAUGAUGUUAUGUUUAUACAAUGGGAAGAAGAAGAACAAGAGAUUGAAGAUGAAGAAGCUAAUACAAGUGGAUCAAACAAUAGUAUAGAUUUGUCAGACGAAGCAGCAACAGCUAUGGCAGCUUAUCGAAAUCAGCUUUCACAAGUCCAGGUGGGUCUCCAUCGCAUUGGCCUAUAUUGGUAUUCUCUGAUUCUUGAAGAAAAAGCACUGGAGCUCAGAGACAACGGUCAAAAUAGGGACCAGAGAAGAAGACCCCACUACGACUGA